AUGCCCCGCGCGUUCCUGGUGAAGAAGCCGUGCGUCUCCACGUGCAAGCGGAACUGGAGCGAGCUCCCGGACGAGCAGCGCGGGGAGAUCUACGUGCCAGUCAGCCUGGGCUUCUGCCCACCGCAGCCCUACCGGGAGCCGGAGCCGUCCGUAGCCGAGCCCCCCGCCUGCCCCCUGGCCCUGGACAUGAGCACCCGGGACCCCGGCUACAGCCUGGCGCCGGGACCCUGCGUGGUGGCCCAGCUGCCCUCGGAAGACAUGGGCCGCGUGGUAGACGUCCAGAGCCGGGAACAUAGCUUCCUACGCACCAAGAUGAAGGUGACCCUGGGGGACGGUCCCGGCGGCGACCUCUUCACUUGUCACAUCUGCCAGAAGGUGUUCAGCUACCAGCGCAUGCUGAACCGUCACAUGAAGUGUCACAACGACGUCAAGAGGCACCUGUGCACCUACUGCGGGAAGGGCUUCAACGACACCUUCGACCUGAAGCGGCACGUGCGCACGCACACCGGCGUGCGGCCCUACAAGUGCAGCCUGUGCGACAAGGCCUUUACCCAGCGCUGCUCGCUGGAGUCGCACCUCAAGAAGAUCCACGGCGUGCAGCAGAAGUACGCGUACAAGGAGCGGCGCGCCAAGCUGUACGUGUGCGAGGAGUGCGGCUGCACCUCGGAGAGCCAGGAGGGCCACGUCCUGCACCUCAAGGAGCUGCACCCCGACAGCCCGCUGCUGCGCAAGACCUCCAAGAAGGUGGCCGCGGCCCUGCAGAGCACGGUCACCUCCCUGCUGCAGGGCAGCCCCCGCCUCUGA